AUGGGGAGGGGGAGUGGACGGUCGAAGGAGAAAAAUGUGUUGUCUCCUUUGGCUCGUACUCUGGAGCUGGAGAAAGGAACGGAGAGUGGAAGCACGUCACACAAUGUUAAAAGUAGUCUACAUGAAAAACAAGAAAUGGAAGUGGAAGAAAAAAGGGUUUCACCCGCCCCUGAGAAUGAAAUAUCGAGCUCUAAGAAUCAACAGAAGAAUGAAUAA